CUGCCCCAGCGUUUAGGGACCCACCGGAAGCAAAGCGGGAACCGAGCGGCGGGGCCCUGGGCGCCUCCCCGGCAUCAUGGUGCAAUUGCUGGCCUCGGAAGUUCAGCAGCUCCUCCACAACAAGUUUGUGCUGGUUCUGGGGGACUCCGUGCAGAGGGCCGUGUACAAGGACCUGGUGCUCCUGCUGCAGAAGGACUGCCUGCUCUCCCCCAGCCAGCUCAAGGCCCGGGGCGAGCUGAGCUUCGAACAGGACGAGCUGGUGGCCGGAGGCCAGUGGGGCCGUAUGCACAACGGGACCCACUACCGCGAGGUGCGCCAGUUCUGCUCGGACCACCACCUGGUGCGCUUCUACUUCCUCACGCGUGUAUACUCCGAGUACCUGGAGGAUGUGCUGCGCGAGCUGCAGGGCGGCGAGCACGCGCCUGACGUGGUCAUCAUGAACUCCUGCCUCUGGGACAUCUCCAGGUACGGGCCUCACUUCUGGCCCAGCUACCAGCAGAACCUGGAGAGCCUGUUCAGCCGCCUGGACCAGGUGCUGCCCAAGUCCUGCCUGCUGGUGUGGAAUACAGCCAUGCCUGUGGGUAAGAAAAUCAAGGCCGGCUUCCUUCCCCGCACGGGCCGCCCAGCUCCCAAGACGGCCGACGUGCUGGCCGCCAACUUCUACAGCUCCCAGGCAGCCCGGAAGCACCAUUUUGACGUGCUCGACUUAUUCUUCCACUUCCGCCACUUCAAAAAGUACCUGCAGGGUGACGGUGUGCACUGGAACGAGCAUGCGCACCGCCACGUCUCCCUGCUGCUGCUGGCGCACGUGGCCGAUGCGUGGGGCGUGGACCUGCCGGAGCGCGGCCCCAAGGCCGGCGCCAUCCACCCAGGCCCAGGCCCGGCCAGCGACCCCUACCCCGACCCCGCCGCCUCCCCACCCCCGGGGGCCCGCGACCCGCCCGCUGGGCCUCGCCCUCCCCCCAGGCCCCGCUCCCUGCUGCAGCCCCCGCCCUCCGGCCCACGCCCGCCGCUGCUUCCGCUCCCCCCGCACCCUCCCUUCCUUCCCCCACCGGGACCCCCUUUCCCGCCCUACACCCACGACUCCUACUUCUCCUCCGACCACAUCUUCCAGUCGGAUCAGUUCUAUUUCCACUCAGACGCCCCCUCAGCCGCCCAGAUGGACUUUGCCUUUGACACUGACUAUGCCUUCGGCCCGCCACCGCCCAUGCCCGGCCUCACCCCGCACUGCUUCCGACCGUCCGGCCCCGUGGUGCACCGAGGGUUCCCCAGGUACGUGCCUCAGGGGCCCUACCGGCCCUGGAGGGGGAAGCCCAGGCGAGCCCGUAGGCGGCCGGCCUACUCUGAAUCCCGGCCGCAGUAG